AUGCGAUAUACCGAUAACGAGUGUGGCAUUGUUUCUUAUCAAGCAUUACGUGGUAUUGCAAACAAGCUUAGUUCGUAUUUAAAUAUGAGAAACAAUGAGGUAAAUAGGGCGAAGAAAAGUGUCGUGUGGGCCUACGUGUGGUGGUUUUUCGGUGGAAUUUUCGGGCUGCACUUGUUCUAUUUAGAGAGGGAUGCACAUGCUUUUCUCACCUGGAGUACCUUUGGAGGAUAUGGAUUGGGAUGGCUAGCUGAUAUAACGAAAAUCCCGCGAUAUGUCCGGGAUUGUAAUGACGAUCCCAAGUUUUUGGGAGAACUGGGAGAGAGGAUGAGGAGAAACCGGAAGCCACCAUUUUCUACCAGUAGAUUUAUUUCCGCUAUUAUGGUUGGUUAUCUCUGGGGGCAGCUGGUAAUGUUAGCUAUACCAGAAGAUGAAGUCUACGGAAUUAAUUGGAACCCAUACUUUCACUGGUUGAUCCCUCUAGGCGUUGCAUUAGGUGUAUGGAUAGUCGGAAAUAUAGGACGUGAACGAGGAAAACCUUGGAUUUCAAUAGCAGUGUCAUAUAUCACAUACUCAUCCCGUUGGUACUUUUUCGAUGACAGUACCUGGCUCAGCAUAAUGGUGUUUUGUUCCGGUCUAGCUUUUGACACGUUUUCAAAAGAGUGGAGACGAACUCCCAGAAAGAAGAGAUCUUUUUGUACUAGGAUGUCAGUUUUAUUUUUUUGUGCUGCGAUAUACUGUGCCUUGUGGAGUUCUUACUUUUACUUCAAUGGAAAAAUAACGGACUCUAACGGAGAUGAGAUACCGAUCCAUGAAGCGCUGCAUCACUUCUUUACAUCACCUUGGUGGACUGAUCUUAAACAAUCUCUACACGAUAUUUAUGUAUAUGCACAACAUCAUGGAUGGUAUGAAAUAUGGAAACAGAUUAUAGACCUGUCCGAUCCGCAAGGUGAACAAAACGCUUAUAAAGUUUUAGGAGUGGGUCCCACGUCUAGUCAGUCAGAAAUCACGUUGAAAUGGAGAGCACUUAGCAGGGAAUUCCAUCCAGAUAAAGUAAAGGAUCCAGAAAAGCAGCGAGCUGCACAAGAAAGAUUUAUGGAAAUUCAACAAGCGUACGAAAUUUUAUCAAAUAUUAAAAGCAAAAGACGGCGGAAAAAUAAGAAAUCUGUUGAGGAUACGUAG